UUAUUUUAUUCAGUGGGCGGACUGGAGGAAUCAAGCGGACACUUUUAACAGUGCUCAAGUCCAGGAGAUGGGAGAUCCUGCAUCUGGGCCAGCAGGAACGCACUGAAGGGCUGUUUUUAAUGGAAAACGACAUAAGAGAGAAAAGCGACAAGGCUCAAAAGAUGGAAAGUGAAAGGAGUUGUUUGUUGGCCUCACGUGAUGCUGGGAAAGGUGGAAGUAGUUCGGUGUCCUCGGCCUCAUUUAAUUUCAUCAACUCCAUAAUAGGAAGCGGGAUUAUAGGUUUACCAUAUUCGAUGAGUCAAGCUGGGCUACCAAUGGGUCUUCUGCUGCUUAUUCUGGUUGCCUUCAUUACAGAUUACUCCAUCAUCCUUCUGGUCAGAGGUGGGAAUCUGUCCGGCACUCACAGUUACCAAUCCCUGGUUCAAAGCACAUUUGGCCAGAUAGGAUACAUCACUGUGUCGGUUCUACAGUUUCUUUAUCCAUUCAUUGCAAUGAUCAGCUACAACAUCAUCGCAGGAGAUACACUUACUAAAGUAUUCAUGAGAAUUCCAGGAGUUGGUCCUGGAAACAUUCUCACAGAGAGACAUUUUGUAAUCGCGAUGUCUACUGUUCUCUUCACACUGCCUCUGUCUCUCUAUAGAGAUAUAGCGAAGCUGGGAAAGGUCUCUUUAUUGUCCAUGAUUUUGACUUUCGGCAUCCUCAUCACAGUGGUCGUGAGAGCAGCAACGCUGGGACCACAGAUACCUGCGUCAGACGAUGCAUGGGUUUUUGCACGCUGGAAUGCAAUUCAGGCAGUUGCCGUCAUGUCUUUCGCUUUAAUCUGCCACCACAACAGCUUUAUGAUCUACGGGUCGCUGCAGGAGCCCACCCUGAGCAGGUGGUCUCUCGUCACACACAUAUCUGUGGGCUCAUCUGUAUUGGUCAGUGCUGUCUUUGCUGCAGCAGGUUAUGCCACUUUUACUGUAUAUACACAAGGUGAUAUAUUUGAGAACUACUGCAGGUCUGAUAACUUGGCUACAUUUGGCCGCUUCUGCUACGGUGUCAGUAUAAUCACCACAUUUCCUCUGGAGUGCUUUGUAACACGUGAGGUGAUCUCCAACGCGCUUUUUAAAGGAGGAGAACUCAGUAAAUCUUCCCAUGUCAUCAUAACCCUGGUGAUCAUAUCAGCAACCACUGCCAUUUCCCUCUCUUAUGACUGCCUGGGUAUUGUACUGGAACUAAACGGUAUUUUGAGUGCAGUACCGCUCAUGUUCAUCUUCCCCUCUGCCUGCUUUCUGAAGCUCUCGAACGAGCGCUGGUUUCGAGGGGAAAACCUGAUUGCCAGCAUGAUCCUGGUGGCGGGUGUUUUUGUGAUGAUCAUCGGUUUAAUCAUGAUGGUGCUCUUCCCUCAGGACUGUUCACACGGAGCAGAGAUGUUCUACUGUAGUGCAUCCAACACUUCCAGCACCGCUUCGCCAAGCAAUAUUCUGCAGUUCAUUAACACCACACAGAACACAAGCAUCGUCUGACUCAAAUUAAAUAAUGCU